UAUAGCAUACUAAAUCAAAAAUGUCAAAUUUACAUUUCUUUCUAGCCAUUUAUUAAAUCUGACCACGUCCCUGAAAGUUUCUCUGAUUUACGCCAGUCUCCAUUUGACUGCACAGAUAAUUCACAAGCAACUUGACAAGUUGCCAGUGUAAUUAAAGAAGACUAGCAGCAGCUUCAGACACAAUCUAAGCAAUGCAGAUUUGUCCUUUCCUUAUCAUUUUUGCAAACACGUCGAGCAGUAUUUGGCCAACCCACUACCCUAUUCUGUCCAAUCGCAUAUUUCUGGGAGGAGUGGAGAGGUUCUUUUAUAAGUUGCUUCAGGUGCUGACCAACACAGGACUUGUGGAACAAAUCUACAGCCGGCAAAAUGGUCGAAUGGACAGACUUCGAGCGCGCCACCAUCGCAGACAUCUUCUCCAAGAUGCAGUAUGAGGUGGUGGGACCUGCAGCCCUCUCCAGGUGUCUGGUGGUCUACCCCUGGACUCAGAGGUAUUUCGGGAACUUUGGAAACCUCUACAACGCCGCUGCCAUCAUGGGAAACCCACUGGUUGCAAAACACGGAACAACCAUCCUCCACGGUCUGGACCGGGCCGUGAAGAACAUGGACAACAUCAAGGCCGAAUAUGCCGAACUGAGCGUGUUGCACUCCGAGAAGCUGCAUGUGGACCCUGAUAACUUCAGGCUGCUCUCUGACUGCCUCACCAUCGUGGUUGCUGGUGUGCUGGGCGCAGAGUUCACCGGUGAUGUUCAGGCAGCUUUCCAGAAGUUCCUGGCUGUGGUGGUCAGCUCCCUGGGAAGACAGUACCACUAGAGAGCUGCAAGAGAAGACAUCACACGAUGAUCAUCUGUUUGAAACAUUCUCUAUUUCUGUCUCAAAAACAUGAAUAAAUAAAACAACAAGCAAAUUCAACAAA